CAUUUAGGGUCAACUUUCGCUGCCAGAACAGAACAAAGGGACCUUCAUGAGAGUGGGAAUCAGGAUCUGCUGGUGCAGCAUCUUGCUGCUGCUGGUUUUCCAUUGGGCUCCAAAAACAGCAGAAGCCCAAGAACAUAGAAUUGUUGGUACAGGCUCUUCAGUACUGUUGACUGCAUUGCCCACCCAUGACCAAACAGUCAUAAACCAUAUACAGUGGGAAUACAUAAGUAGUGUCCCAGCUCUCAGUGUUGUGGAUUACUAUGGAACUGGAACAGAACCUAUUGUCUUUAAAUCCUAUAAAGACAGAGUCAUUUUCUUUUCAUCCAAUGGCUCCCUCUUGUUGAAAAACGUACAUGAGACAGACAGCGGGACCUACAGAGCUACCGUCAAUUUGAACAAAAUUAAAGCCAGGCAAACUACACUGCUAGUCUUAGAGCCUGUGUCCAAAGCUCAGAUACAGAUAAAUUCUACUGUGGCCGGUUCAUCCAUUGAAUUAUCCUGCAAGGUGCUGAUUGGCAAAGUGCAAGCUAUUGACUGGAAGAAAGAUGGGAAGCCCCUACCUAGGAACAGAUGUUACCAGGUCUCUGAAAACUUCAGUCUUUUGUACAUACCAGAAGCACAGAAAUCGGAUUGUGGAGCCUUUUCCUGCAAUGUCAGCAAUGAUAUAAGCUGGCAGGAAACCUCAGUGAAUUUGACCAUUGAAGGGAUCAGACCUUCACUAAAGCUUGCACUGGAAAUUUCUACUGUUGCUCUUGUUAUUGCAACAACAUUGGCUGCUGGAUCUGGAUUGGGCUUCAUUAUUUUGUGCUGUCAGUCAGAGAAGAGAAAACUUACAGGAGAGCUGUGGAGAUGGCUUGUUGUAUUCAUCCAUGGGUUGGUGUGUGUCUCGGCUAUCCUGAUGUUCACUGCUGCUGUCUUCUGGAUGCAGGAAGAAGGUUUCUCCACAGCCCUUGUAUUUUAUAUGAUCUUCCUCACGGGGGUGAUCCUGGUAACGCUUCUCAUAAGUGCGGUCUUGGCGAUUUGUCCCCAACACCUUCAGAUGUUUAAAAAGAAAACAAUGCACCGCGUCAUUCUGGAUACUGCAGCUCCUGGGGGAGUGAUUCUAGUUGUGGUGUUUGCCAUCUUCCUUACACAGAACAUCCAGCAUCUCCAAAGAAAAGGCUGCUCACCAUUUUUUGAUGGCACAGCUGCCAUUCUUAUCGCUGCUGCAAUUUCUCUCCUUAUUCUUCUAGCGCCCUUUGUGUGGUAUCACAGGAAGAAAAAAAAACAAGAAAAGGAUCAGCAAGAAAGAGAACCUGCAGAACUAUAACAGUCCUUGGAUGGCCAGAGCUGCAGAACUGACCAGCCAGCAAACGUGGUUGAAGGGAUGCUUGAGGUGAUAGCUAACACAGCAGAACAAAUUUCAAACAUUUUCAUUGCUUUCCUAUGUCGAUACAGUUAAAUGAGGGUCCAGAAGUGGAAAGCCAGGAAUGAAAGGUAUGUAUCCUUCAGGUCAGUGGUUCUCAGGUGGGAUUACAAGACAGUAUUAAGUGUAUCAGAAUAUAGGAUGCAACAUGGUUUCUGCUUAAAACUGAAUUAGUCCUCCUUCCAAAGAUACAAUGAUCUGCUUCAAAUUUGGAAUGCUCAUUCAAGACCCAGGGUAGAGUUUGUAAUACAAAUUUGGAGUCUUGUAGCCAUGUGUUUGUGACAUAGAACCACCCUCAAAACAGGACCCAUGAAAAUAAGGUCAUUUUUUGUGUGAGAAGAGAUAAGGAUUGAUCAGGAGACAAGAGACACCUGGAGGGAAAAUGAUCUCUUCUCCCCCUGCUUCCCCCCCGAACAAUUUGUUCUAGAAGAAAGUCACUUACAGAACAAUGGGGACUGCGGGGAGUGGCACAGGCUGAGGGAUGUGCUGGCCACUGCUUCCCGCAGCCCCCAUUGGCAUGGAACGGUGACCCAAGGCCAGUGGGAGCUGCUAUCUGCCGAACCUGCAGACGCUGCAGGUAAAUAAACCAUCCCAGCUCGCCAGCGGAUUUCUCUGGCGGGCCACUUGCCAAAGGUUGCCGAUUUCUGAAGUAGACUAUAUAAAAGUGGCACCUUAUUCAGCAGUUCUGCCUUUUUUUCCUGUUAACUGAGCACAUUUGAUAGGGAAUCACUGAAGUUAUGUUUACAUUGCAAUGAUAAAAACAAACAAACCCUGUACCAAGGCACAGAGUCCAGCUAAAUUGACUCGAGCUUUCAGGGCUACAAAUAGUAGUGUAGACAUUGAAGGUCUGGGCUCUGAGACCCUCCCCCUCAUGAGCCCAAGUCAGCUAGGCUGGCCCAGCUGCAGACAUGAUGUGGGUCUUUUAUUGCAGUGUAGAUGUACCCUGAGAAUCAGUCACUUUUCAGGGUAGAAUCAUGCUCUGCUCACCAUGUUUAAUGUACCCAUGGGCUGGCAGUGGAUCGCUAGAGGUUACAAGAUUUCACCAUUUGAGAAUUUGGAAGAUGAGAUGGGGCAAAACCUCCAAACUACCUGUCAGCUUCACUGGCACCUAGGCCAAAUUAGUUUGGAAGACUUACAUAGAAGUUUUCUUCAGACUUCUUUCCAAAGAUUUUCUUCGGAAUAAUUCAUCUUCAUUCAUUCUCUGCUGAGGUAAAUGAAGAAUUCAUUCCUCAUGUUCAUUCAAUCCUGAUCUUUCUCACACUAUUCCUUCAACUGAUCUCUAUCAGGGUUAGAAAUAGACCAGCUUUUCCCCAAAAAUCUCAUUUUGAGCUAGAAAUGGACCCGCAGCUUUGCUGCUCAAGUUUAUGGUAAGUAUGAGUGAGAGUGUUGUGUUGGGACAGUUAGUUUGUGCAGGUAAUAAAUGAGGGGUGUAUGCUGUGGUGAGGGGCUGUGUGUGUUAGCUGUGUUGAUUUGUAUGUAGAAAGAGUUGGGCUGGGAGAUUUGUAUUGUGUGCACAUGACAGUUGGGCACACAGGUUGAGCAGUUGGUCCACCUUCUGUGCAGUCUCCCUCAUACAAUCAAUGAAAUCGCUGCAUGCAAAGUAGCUGUAGAAUAAGGGUGGUGAUUUGUUGUAUUACCCUGAUAUCACUAUGGUCUAGGACUCUUGGCAUGGCACAGACAUUCCAUACUGUAGCUGUACACUGCACAAGUGUACUUUGGAAAAUCAAAAUGGCAGAGAACUUAAAAAUGGGAUAAUAACAGAUUGCAAAACUCAGUGGUGAUUCCUCCUGGUGAUAUUCUGAAUGAAGUGCUCUCAGCCAUGAUUGCAGCUGUUUCCAUUGCUUCACACUGACUCAGAGCAGGCUCCAGCAUGACAAUCCUAUUAUAUAGACUUUCAAAAUUUCUGAUUGUCGUAGGGUUUCUCUCACUUUUCUUGUCACUGAGUGCAAGAAACUAAAUAAUAUCUGAGGAGAGCUGGUGUGUGUGUGUGUGUGUGUGUUCCUUUUAGCCCCCUCCCCUUCCUUUUGCCAAUCCGUAACUUUUCAAAACUUAAACUUUUACAAAAAGUUAUGGCAUGGCAGAAGAAAAAGUGAAAAGUUACAAAGUGAUGUAGUUUCAUUUUUCUUUUUGCACUCUUCUGAAUUUCAGCUUUGAUUCUGCAGACAUCUUUCACAUGCCUAACUUUAUUAGUGGGAGUAAUCCAAUAAUUUCAAUGGAACUACUCAGAGUAGUAAAGUUAUGCAUAUUCAUACAUGUUUGUAGAAUUGGAGCCAUGAGAGUGUUCAGAAAAAUUGUGUCAAAAGGGAAAAAAUGGAAAAAGUGAAAGAAACCACAACCCUUAAAGCAAAAUCUUGGCAUUCAUUUUGUUUCAGUCAGUGGCAAAGGCACAAGAAAGUGGGUGGGAGGUCGUGCAGUCUCAAAUUUAAAAAAAAGCUUCCUUUUGAGGAAAAAGAGAGAAGGGGAAGGUAUGGGGUGGUUUUUUUUAUUUAAUUGUUUUUCUCACCUCUUCCAGUGAGGAAAGAGGAAAAGUGUUUGUUUUUUAAGUGAUAAAAAUGAGAGGGAAAAAGUCUGAAAACAAGUGUAUUAUUUCAGUGGACAAAAAGUAAAACAAAAUGAAAAGUGCAAUUUAGAAGUAAACAAAAUUAAACUUUUCCAUCUCAUUUCAAAGGGGAGGACAGAGGUGAACGGCUAGAAUGAGGUGUGUUUUGAAAAGGGGUGUGUGAGUGCAGGGAUUAGGGAGGAGAUAGUGGUGGGGCUUACCCCAGUAUUUGCUGGGUAGAAAGGUUUAAAAAUCCUGUACAGAUGGCCUUUUGUGGGUGGAUUGUGUGAUGUGUAUUCAUAGAUUCCAAGGCCAGAAGGGACCAUUGUGAUCAUCUAGUCUGACUGCCUGUAUGACACAGGCUCUAGAACUUUCCCAAAAUAAUUUCUAGAGCACACCUUUCAGAACAACAUCUAAAACAUGUUGGUGUGCUGUGAGCGUGCUGGUGUGCUGAUGGUGCAAAGGUGUGUUAGAAGAGUGUGCAUUUUGGUAUGUGAUUGUGUAUGUGUGUGUGGGGGUGUUUGGUACAAUGCUCUGUGAUAUUUUUAAAAAAGAAAUGAAAACUCCUUAAUUGUGUAAUAGAAGAUAGGCUGGAGAGCCUGAAAGCUGGAGCCAAGGAAUUCUGAUAUAGAGGUUUUAAUAUUUUUUUAUAUUUUUAUAUUGAAUAUAUAUAUUCAAUCUUCUUGAUAUCUUAUUACUUAGCUUUUUAUCUUUUGAAAAGAUACUGAGUUUACUGGGUUGGUGUGGAUUUUAUUUUCAAAGCUAAGCAGUGUGCAUGUUCCCCUUUGCCUGCUUUCCUUUGCCAUAUCACUGUGGCUUGCCAUAAAUAGAAACAAUGGUUGCUAAUUUCUAUUUUGUUAAAAAUGGCUGGUCAUUGCUUUGUCACCAGCUGAUCUUUGGUAACUCAAGCCCAGAAUGUCAAAGGCAUUUAGAUCAUGGGGGUUAGGCACCUUUGAGAAUCUGGAUCCCAGUUUAUUUAUUGCCAGAACAUUUUAAAAAAAUCGUUCUGCUCUCUCUUUUGCUUAUAACAGAUAUAUUUGUAUUUUUUAUUUAAUACUUUAGUUUUUUGUUUUGGUCUCCUGGGCAUUUUUCCAAUCGCCGCCUAGAGGGUCAGAAAGGAAUUUCUCAGAGUUUUUCUCCUCUUUAAAAAGAGGGGUUUUCCCUCUGGGUUUUUGCCUUUCUCAGGAGAACUACUGAGGACUAAAAAUAUAUUUUGCCAGUUUGACUCAGUUAAUUUGUUGAUAAUUUGACUCAAUAAAUUCACUGCCAGUUGGGCUCAAUAAAAAACUUCCAUUUUUAUAACUGAA